CCUCCCCAGUCGGGACUCGGCUGAAGACACGGGGAAUUCGGGGGAAAGAGCAUCUGGCUCGAGGAUGCUGCACUGGCUUGCUUAAUACAGGCACAUCCACCAUGAUUCCUCCCACCACAGCCAGCCCUUCCAGUGACCUGCUCUUCCCCACUCUGUCUUCUCAGGAACUGUGGCGGUCGCAAGUGGCGGGAUAUGGCAGGUCCAUCACACACCACAUCAGCCACCGGGCCAACAACUUCAAGAGGCACCCGAAGAGGAAGAAGCACAUCCGCCCGUCCCCUCCCCCUCCCCCCAACACCCCGUGUCCCAUCGACCGCAUUCGCUUCGGCGAGGUCGACCCGCCGAGAACCUUCCUGGAACUCUUGUUCAAUGGCUGCAUCCUUUUCGGGAUCGAGUUCAGCUACGCCAUGGAGACUGCCUAUGUGACCCCCGCGCUGCUCCAGAUGGGCCUCCCAGACCAGCUCUAUGGGAUGGUUUGGUUCAUCAGCCCGAUCCUGGGUUUCCUGCUGCAGCCCUUGAUGGGGGCCUGGAGUGACAGGUGCACCUCACCUUUUGGCCGAAGGAGACCCUUCAUCUUGGUCCUGGCAAUUGGGGCCCUGGCUGGGCUCUCUCUGAUGCUCAACGGGAAGGACAUCGGCAUGGCUUUGACCGACACGGCCAGCAACCACAAGUGGGGGAUCCUGUUCACCAUCUGUGGGGUGAUCCUCAUGGAUUUCUGUGCCGAUUCAGCAGACAACCCGAGCCACGCCUACAUGAUGGACGUAUGCAGCCCCUCCGACCAGGACCGGGGCCUCAACAUCCACGCUCUGCUGGCAGGUCUUGGAGGAGGGUUUGGCUACGUCGUCGGAGGAAUUAACUGGGACAGAACGGGCUUCGGAAAGGCGGUGGGGGGCCAGCUUCGCGUCAUCUACAUCUUCACCUCCAUCACGCUGACAAUUGCAACCGUCUUGACUCUGAUCAGCAUUCCAGAAAGAACCUUGCCGUCUGGCAUUCGGAAGAAAAAAGUGAUGAAGAGCCCCAGCUUGCCCCUCCCUCCCUCGCCGCCCCUUCUCUUCGAAGACUGUCCGGAGGAAGGCCCCCCGUCGCAAAACCCCGCCCAUUUAUAUACAAGCUUCACCAGCCCCAUUUCCCCCCUCAGCCCCCUCACGCCCAAGUACGGCAGCUUCAUCAGCCGGGACAGCUCUCUGACGGGGCUGAGCGAGUUCGCCUCCUCCUUCGGCACCUCAAAUAUUGACAGCGUGCUCAUAGACUGCUUCACAGGAGGUCACGACGGAUACCUGGCCGUCCCGUCCAGCUUGCCCCGGCAGACGAUAAGUGUCAGCUUCCCCCGAGCGCCGGAGGGGUUCUACUGCCAAGACAGUGCCAGCAUGGAAGCCGGGGAUGCUGGCUUAGGGAUGCCCAGGCCAGACGGAGAGGAUCUGAGGGUGGGCUCCCUGGACACAAUAAGGCCCCGGUCCUCAGGAAUCCUGAAAAGGCCGCAGACUUUGGCCAUUCCGGAUAUUAUCACUGGCAACCUCCCAGAGAGCAAUAGGAGAAGGAAUGUGACGUUCAGCCAGCAGGUGGCAAAUAUUUUGCUGAACGGGGUGAAGUAUGAGAGUGAACUGAAUGGGUCGAGCGAACUCUCUGAGCAGCCCCUUUCAAUGAAGAUGCUCUGCUCAACCAUCUGCCACAUGCCCAAAGCCCUGCGCAACCUUUGCAUCAACCAUUUCCUAGGGUGGCUCUCUUUUGAAGGAAUGCUCCUCUUCUACACAGACUUCAUGGGGGAAGUGGUGUUUCAGGGCGACCCCAAAGCCCCGCACGACUCUGCGGAGUAUCACAAGUACAACGCUGGCGUGACCAUGGGCUGCUGGGGGAUGUGUAUCUACGCGUUCAGUGCUGCGCUCUACUCAGCCUCUCUAGAAAAACUGGAGGAAUGCUUCAGCAUCCGCACUCUGUAUUUUAUAGCGUAUCUUGCCUUUGGACUUGGCACCGGACUAGCUACACUGUCCAAAAACAUCUAUGUGAUUUUAUCCCUGUGUGUAACAUAUGGUAUUUUAUUUUCCACACUCUGCACACUUCCAUAUUCCCUGUUGUGCGACUAUUACCAGAGUAAAAAGUUUACCGGUCUGAACGAGGACUGCACGAAGCGAGGGAUGGGAGUGGACAUCUCCCUGCUCAGCUGCCAGUAUUUCCUGGCCCAGAUCCUCGUCUCGAUGGUCAUGGGGCCCCUGACAGCGCUGGUGGGCAGUGCCAACGGGGUGAUGUACUUCUCCAGCGUGGUGUCGUUCGCCGGCUGCCUGUAUUCGUCGCUCUGCGUCGUUUACGAGAUCUCACCGGGCGAGGAGCUGGCGGAAGAGCAGCAGCCCCUGAUGCUGACAGCUGAGAGAUCUCUGGUCGGGAAGGUGGUGCUUUACUGCUCCUGGGAAUUUCCGGACUGCGACCAGGGGAGUCCUGGUCCCCCGCUCAGCGUGAAGCUCACCGGGCCCGUCACGGCCUCUCCUCUCCGGCUGGUGGUUGCGAGGCUUAAGGCGGGGAGCUUUGCAAGCAGGCGCGCCUGCUCGGAAGCAAGCAAACCGCAAAUCGCCGCCCUCCACCAGCUAGUGCGCCAGCCGUGGAGCCAGUCGGGGAGGAGCGACCCGUCCCCUCCGCUCUGA